AUGAGAGGCGCCUGGGGAUGUAUCUCAGGUUCUGUCUUAUCGUUCCCCGUGCGCCCAGGGCAGCGGCGAAGGAGCUGCGAUUGCAACGCCAAGACUACAGACAGACUGCAGACUCUCCCCCUUUCACCACCAACUCGUCCCCCGUCCCAUUCUCCCCAUCGCCCCCAUUCCACCAUCCCUCCUCACCCUUUUCACGACGGACUCCCCACCCCCUGCCCCCAUCCCCGGCCUCUCCCCUUCGCACUACUACCCGCCCGUCUACACGCCCUCCUCCCCCGAUCUCACGCUCACGCUCACUCUCCAAACCUCCUACUCCUUCGCCACCGCGCUCCCCCCCCUCCCGCACUCGCACACCUGGUCCAUCGGCCCCGAAAGCCUAGUCCAUCUUCGCUACCGCCUGCUCGCCGUCGCGCUAGUCAGAGCCGCGGCCCACCCGGCGCACACGAUCUACGUCUCGCAAGUCGUGCCUCUCCCGGCGCAACCUUCCCACCUUGCCUACCUUCCCGACAGGCGCGAGGCGCGCCACCAGAUAGUCGCACAACCGCCCGCGCCGGCGCUCAACACGACGUCGCUGCCGAACGACGCGGCGAUCGCCGCGUCGCUCGGCGUGCGCGUCGCGCAGAGCUCGCUGCCCGUGUCCAUCGGCGUGACGGCCCGCGUCCCGGGCGCGCACGGCGUGCGCGUCGCCGUGCGUGUGGUCGAGCACGUCAGCGUCAAGGGCGAGGUCGUGGCGGGGAAGGCCGGGGCGGCGCUCGUGAUGGAGCAGCCGGUGGGGGGGCGGGGCGAGGUGGAGAUGAGGACGGAGCUGGUCGUGGACGAGGUUUACCCCGACGCGCAGCUGAGGAAGGUGGAGGUGGGGCACUUUGUCGAGGCGAAGGUGAUCGCUUGGAGCGAUUUGGGCGGGUGGCGAGAGGUAGCAGGGGACGCGUUGCAGGUGAGGGUGCCGUUGAUUGUGGUGCCGUUGAUUGUGGUGCCGCUGGGCGCAGUUGCUGGAUGAGCGUCGUUUUCAGAAACGGCCUUGCUGGACAUCUCCUUCCGAAUUACAGUACUUACAUAGUGAGUCGUGGGUACGUGUCCACGUGGUCGAUAAAGCAGGCCUUAGCAGCGACUACAGGUACCAACCCGAAAACCACCUGCCUCCAGUGUGUCAACCCACCCCUCCUUCAAGCCAUGGAGGUCGAAAAGCCUACCCCCAAGCCGCGCCGUCGCACCUACGAGGAAGAGUUGUCCUACCUUCGUCUUGUUGCCCCAUGCCGUUACGACAUCUCCAUCGGCUUCGUCCCCAACAUGCUUGCCCCAGGCACCUUUUACGUGAACGAAGUCCUCGCCCCGCUGGUCAAGGCCGAGCUUGAGCGCGCCGCCAAAAACCCGUCUCUCUCGGGCGGCUUUCUGCCCGCCGUCAAGCAAAUCGCCAACGUCUCCUCACUCCCGGGAAUCGUCGCACGCUCUAUCGCCAUGCCCGACGUCCAUUCAGGCUACGGCUUUGCCAUCGGGAACGUCGCGGCCUUCGAUAUGGACGACCCGCAAGCCGUUGUCUCGCCGGGUGGUGUGGGCUUUGACAUAAACUGCGGCGUCCGUCUGCUGCGCACCAAUCUCAUGGAGCAGGAUGUCCAGCCCGUCAAGGAUGUGCUCGCCCAGACGCUCUUCGACCACAUCCCUGUCGGCGUUGGUUCAAAAGGCAUCAUCCCGACGACCAUCCAGUCUCUCGAGGCCGCCCUGGAGCUCGGUAUGGAUUGGUCCCUGCGUGAGGGCUAUGCCUGGCCGGAGGACAAGGAGCACUGCGAGGAGAAUGGCCGCAUGCUCCAGGCAGACCCGUGCAAAGUGUCUGCACGUGCGAAGAAGCGCGGCUUGAGCCAGCUGGGCACGCUGGGCGCCGGCAAUCAUUACGCUGAGAUACAGAUUGUGGAUGAGAUCUUUGAUGAAACGGCGGCUGCGGCGAUGGGCGUCACUACUGUGGGACAAGUCGUCGUCAUGAUCCAUUCCGGGAGCAGGGGCUUAGGACAUCAGGUGGCUACGGAUGCUUUGCAGCAUAUGGAAAAGGCGAUGGCGAGGGAUGGAAUCGAGGUGAAUGAUAGGCAGCUCGCGUGUGCGAGGAUCGCGAGCAAGGAGGGGCAGGAUUAUUUGGCCGGGAUGGCAGCGGCGGCGAAUUUUGCCUGGGUCAACCGGAGCUCGAUGACGUUCUUGGCGAGACAGGCGUUUGCAAAGGUGUUUGGAAAGUCGCCGGCAGAGCUGGACAUGCACGUGAUCUACGACGUGAGCCACAACAUUGCCAAAGUGGAAACGCACAAUGUAGAUGGGAAGGUGAAGAAGUUGCUGGUGCAUCGUAAGGGGGCGACGCGGGCUUUUCCGCCGCACCAUCCGCUAGUGCCGUGCGACUACCAGAUGACGGGGCAACCCGUGCUGAUCGGAGGGACGAUGGGGACGUGCAGCUAUGUGUUGCUUGGGACCGAACAUGGGAUGAAAGAGACAUUUGGGUCGACGUGCCAUGGGGCGGGGCGGGCGCAGAGCCGGUCCGCUUGCCGGCGUCAGCUUAACUAUGAAGAAGUGUUGAACAACUUGGAGGGCAAGGGGAUUGCGAUUCGCGUCGCGUCGCCAAAGCUGGUCACUGAGGAGGCGCCAGAGAGUUACAAGGACGUAUCCGCGGUAGUGGACACAUGCGACCAAGCCGGGAUUUCGCGAAAGUGCCUUAAGCUGCGGCCGGUGGCCGUCAUUAAAGGCUAGCGCGGCGAAGGCCACGCGGCCAAGGGAGAAGCGUACAGUUUGUCUUCUAGCGAGCGACUCAUAAUUUAUGUGUGUGUUAACUCAAUAAUCAAAACGUGUUAGUACUGGCAUAGCGCCCUACAGUAGCGAUCCUCGCAUCGUACACAUCAUUCCGACGGAAGCUUUCCCAGCACCUCGCGCCCGUCCCCUCUCCCCACGCACGCCUGUGAAUUCCGUCUCACGAUGCUCUCUACCGACUCCGAAUGGCGGCGCUCAAACGACUCGAGAAGGCGCGUCUUGGACCUUGCCAAGCGGUCCCUCUCCGCCCUGCCCUCGCC